ACUUCAAAUACAGAGCUUCUAAAAACAACUUUAGAGUUUUAAAUUUAAUUAAAAUUUUAUUAUUCUCUUACCCUCCUGAGUUAUAUUUAAAGGUCUUAAGAAACGUCACAAGAAAUUAUGGCAAAUAUAAGACCUUUAUCAGAAGACUUACAAAAAGUAGCUGAAACUGAAUUAUCGGAAGUACCGAAAAGAAUACCCGAUGAUUUGUUAGCCUUGAAGACAUGGAUUGAACAGCAGCCUCAUUUAAAGGCCCGUCAAGAUGAUCAGUUUUUAAUACAGUACCUACGUGGCAGUAAGUACAGUUUGGAAAAAGCUAAAACUAAAUUGGAUAUAUUUUUCACCUUGAAAUCCAAAUUUCCCGAUUUGUUUAAUGUCACCGAUAUAAAUGAUGCAAGAUUUAAGAAAAUUUACAGUUAUGGUUUUGGUCUACCGUUACUACGACCUCUCAACGAUCAUGGUCCACGUAUAUUUUUUGUUAAUUUCGAAGAUGAUAUUGUCCAUGGUCAGUUUGAUGUUCCGGAAUUGUUUUGGGUAGUUAAUGCUAUGCAUGAAAUUAUUAUAAUGGAUGAUCCUUAUGGCUGUAUAAAUGGCAUGAUUUAUAUUUGGGAUUUGAAAAAUAUUUCGCUAAAUAUGGCUGCAAAAUUUACACCUUCAUUUCUAAGAAAAAUGGUACAAUUUUAUGAUAAAUCUUUACCGUUUCGUAUAAAAUCCCUGCAUAUGUUUAAUACUCCGCCAUUUUUUCAUAGUGUUUUGAAUAUAUUGAUACCGUUAUUAUCGGAAAAACUCAAGAAAAGGUUAUUUGUUUAUGGUCAUAAUUUAGAUGAUUUGCAAAAAAAUAUACCUAAAAAAUAUUUACCCGCCUAUUUAGGUGGUGAAAAUGGUACAAAGGAAGAACUUUUAAAGAAUUUCGAUCAGAAGUGGUUAGAGUAUAAGGAUUAUUUUAAAGAAAAUGAAAACUAUGGCACCGAAGAACUAUUGAGACCUGGCAAACCUAUUGAUUUUGACAGCAUCUAUGGUUUAGGUGGUUCAUUCCGUAAAUUAGAUGUGGAUUAAAGGAAAGUUUCUAAAUUAAACUAAAUUUAAGUUUAUUUUCAAAAUGUUUGAAAUGUAGAAUGAAAAGUUAAUAAAAAAUUAUAAAAAUAACAUUCAGUUC